UUUAGUAACCCAGCAAGCAGACUGUUUUUCCUCUCUUAAAAGUUCUUUAGUAUUGAAAUAAGAGAGACUACUGACAUUUUGUAUUUUAUAAAGUUCGAUGAUAAUUCAAUUUAACUUGUUUUCUUAGUGCGUGUCACACUUUGGAAAAUAGCUUGAGAGUCAUUUAAACCUAAAACGUUUCAUUCAGGAUGUCCACUGUGUUUUCUGUACGGCUCCCAGCCAUUCAACACCCUUCAUCAAGACUUGGAGAUCCAGAUCUCAUCUCUCUCCGGGGUUAUUCCACAGACUGCAGAGAUCAGAGAUGCUGCGUCCCUCAGAAAGGAACCAGAGCUCGGUCUCCAGACACGGAGAGCCUGGACUCUGCUUUUCGCAGUCAGAGCAGCAGAAGUGAUAUUAGUUCUCUGGUGGAGAACGGAAAAAGACGAUUAGAUGUUCCAGAGCUGAUUCCAGAGGGCGAAGAGGACAACCAUGAUAAAGCCAAACUACCUGCGUUCCGUCACAGGGCGGCUUCAGAGAAUCGCUCUAUAAGUAGAGUUUCCCAUUCAACAUACUCCAGCAUUGGGCCAUGGAAGACAGAUCAGACUGAUCAGCUGGAAGAUGAGUUGAAGGAGCACAUUCAAACUACAGGAGCUUUGGCUCUCAAAAUCCUGUUCAAGAACAACCACCCCGAUGGCAAGCCUUUGGCGAACAGAUCUGUUUUACUAGAGAUCCUUACAAAGUUCCUGAGGCGGCCUCUCACAGCUAAGCAUAUCAAGAAUCUUCUGUUCCGUCUACACCUCUAUGACCGAGUGCUUAUUAGUUUUGAAGAGUUUUAUGGUGCCUUGAAAGACCCAGACUCCAAUAAAAGUAACCCUGCAGGUCCGCUCACAAUUCCUCAGACGCUGGCCCUGCUGAGAGGACCAGCACGCAGCAGAUUUCUGGAGAGCGUAGAGACUUUGUGCAAGUCAGACAAUCUCACUGAAAGCUGGAUUUCUGCCCCAGAGUUCCGGAAUAUUCUCAACCAACUCAAACUUCACAUGAAAGACCCUGACUUUGAUAAGUUAUGGAAAAGGCUAGAUGCGGAUGGACUUGGAGCUGUUAAACAGACUAUUUUCCUGAAGGAAUUGGGACUAACUAAAAGAAAUGAACCAAAAAAUGACAACAACUACCAUACUUCCAAUACAUUUAAAGCGGAGGACUCAAAAGCAGCUCCUGGAAGGACACUGUCUAAAGCCGAAGAGGAGCGUCACACAUCCAUCGCCAUUGAAACAUGGCUGAAGGACAGAUUUAGGGAUGGAGCGCAGAGAAUGAAGGCAGAGUUUGAUAAACUAGAUCCUGAAAACACAGGAAAGGUGAGAGGUGCAGACUUUCUGCAGGUGUUGGGAAAGUUUGAUCUACAUUUGAAAAGAGAGCAGCUGGGUCUGUUUCUGUCUCGCUGUGGUCUGAAGAUUAGAAAGGGCUGCGUGCAGUAUUUGAACUUCUUGCGGACCUUCCAGGACAGAAGCUCAGACGGCAUUACUCACAAGAUCAUCUACAACCCAAAACACCGGUUUCAUUCUGUCGAAAACAUCAGCUGUGUUUCUUCUUUGAGUGCCAUUGAGGCCAAAUUAAUUCGCCUGUUUCAGUCAGAGUUUCUCUCCCUCCUAAAGACCUUUCAGAACAUUGACAGACUUAAUAAAGGGGCCAUUAGUAAAGAAGAAUUCCGAGCUGCUGUGGAGACCAGGUUUGGCCUGGAGAUUUCCGAGCCUCAGUUUGAGCAGCUGUUGGACAGACUUCCUCUUGACCGCCACGGAAAUGUGCAGUACCCAAUCUUCAUGGCCGCCUUUGACACCAGGAAAGGAGCUCCCAGUCUCUUCCAGGUAGCAGCUCAACCCUUCCUAAACCACAAUUUGGCCAAGGAUAAGAGCUCAGAAGAUGAUCACAGUGGCCUCCAGCUCUAUAGUCUGGUGAAAAGUCUGGUGGCAAACCGUUAUAAAGAUGUACUGCAAGAGUUUGAAGAGCUGGAUGAGAAAAACACCAGACGUCUCACUCAGGAGGACAUGUACCAGUUACUGAAAAGGUUAGUGCCCCAUCAUGAGGUGACUCGUGGAGAGGUGCGGAGGUUGUGGUCCUCUUUGUUCACCCAGCAGGAUGGCACUGUGGACUUUCAACAGUUUUUACGUCACUUUGGCCCAUCGCCCAAAUCCUGCUGUUUCCCUAAUGCCAAGCACAAUCCCCCGAAACGAGGAGACAAUGACUUUAUGCGUCUCUCCAACAGACUCAGCUAUGUCUCGGAUAUACUGGUGGAUGCUCUGCGGGCCAAGGUGGAGAUGUCUGUUUCUGAGCUCUGGACUGAGUUCUCUGAAAUGGAUUUUUCUGGAACAGGUUUUGUCAGCAGCGAUGAAUUUAAAGAGAUCCUCAUGAGCCUGUGUGUUCAUCUCAGCCAGUAUGAGUGUGAUGUUCUGGCCAGGAAGUUUGACAUCAACCAUGAUGGCUGCGUAUCCUACUUAGAAUUCCUCAGGCCUUUUCUAUCCCAGAGUCAGAUAUGGAAGCAUGGAUCCAAUAUGGCAGCUGCUCUGCAGACUCCCAGAGAAACUCAAGAAAUGGCCACCCCGGAAACACUAAACCGCAGCAUCAGAAAAAAGCUCCAGCGUAAGGCGAAGGCUCUUAGCAAGGCCUGUACUCGUCUGGACGGCUCCAGCUCUGGGCUUCUCUCUGCGGCUGAACUGGGUGCAGUGCUACAGCUGUUAGGAGUGUGUCAGAGUCAAGAAGAGCUCAAGAGUGUGUUCUCUACCCUUCACACACACCCGUCGGGAUGCCUGGACUACCGCCCGCUUCUAAUGGACAAACACAGAAGCUCCUGUCACAGCCAGCAAAGCAAACAGAGUAGGUCAGAGGCUUAAACUGAUAAUACUUACAUUGGAUUGGCACACGUCUUACAUAAACGAGAGAUACAAGUAAAUGUUUCAAACCAAUCCUGCUGACUUCAUGUACUUAGGCAUGAUCAAUAUUCAAGUCAUAACCUUUAUUAUUGCAUUGCUUUAUAUUAGAUCAGGUUAGAAUGGGUGAAUUGUACUUCAUGAAGUACACUGUAAGCAUG